AUGAAAUUAAUUGCUUUUAUUGCAUUUUUACUUAUUCUCAUUACAAUAAUUAACGCACAAGGUUCAAUUGGCUCAUCUAGCCAAUCUCUUUCAAGUGAAGUUGAUUCUUCAGAUAUUUCUUCUUCUGGAUCAAAUUCCACUGCAAGUUCAGAAGGUUCAGUUUCAAGCUCUUCAAAUUCAGGUUCUCAAUCAACUUCAAAUUCUGGCUCUGAAGCAUCUGGUUCAUCAAAUUCCGGUUCUCAAUCAACUUCAAAUUCUGGCUCUGAAGCAUCUGGUUCAUCAAAUUCUGGUUCUCAAAGCUCAACUGAUUCAUCAAAUUCUGGCUCUCAAGGUUCAACUGGUUCAUCAAAUUCUGGUUCUCAAAGUUCAACUGAUUCAUCAAAUUCUGGUUCUCAAAGCUCAACUGAUUCAUCCAAUUCUGGUUCUCAAGGCUCAACUGGUUCAUCAAAUUCUGGCUCUGAAUCAUCAGGCUCAUCAAACUCUGGAUCCGAAGGUUCAACUGGUUCAUCAAAUUCAGGAUCUGAAUCAUCAUCAGGCUCAUCAAACUCUGGAUCCGAAUCAUCGUCAGGCUCAUCAAACUCUGGAUCUGAGUCAUCAUCUGGUUCAUCAAACUCUGGAUCUGAAUCAUCAUCUGGUUCAUCAAACUCUGGAUCUGAAUCAUCAUCUGGUUCUUCAAAUUCUGGAUCUGAAUCAUCAUCAGGCUCAUCCAACUCUGGAUCUGAAUCAUCAUCAGGCUCGUCAAAUUCUGGAUCUGAAUCAUCUGGAUCAUCAAACUCUGGAUCUGAAUCAUCAUCUGAUAGUGGAUCCUCAUCUGAUGGUAAAACAACCUGUAUUUCAUUCCAUGACACUCUUUCAAUCAAUACUGUAGAUGAUGAUGAAAUUGAAUGUACUGGUAAAGGUGAAACUAGAUGUAUUUCCGAUAAUAACUACAAAUGUGCUACCAAACAACGUCAUGGUUCAAUUGAGUGCUCUGUAAAUGGCUAUAUUAGAUGCACUGGUUCAAACAUCAAAUGUAAAAUUGGUAACACUGAAUGUUCAAUCCGUAAUUCUCGUUUAGAUAUUACUGAAAAACCAAUCUUUACAAGAGGUCCACGUCACCAUUAA